AUGGAUAAGUUCCGUAUGAUGUUCCAGUUCCUGCAGUCUAACCAGGAGUCCUUCAUGAAUGGCAUCUGUGGCAUCAUGGCGCUGGCCAGUGCACAGAUGUACUCCGUGUUCGAGUUCAGCUGCCCCUGUAUGCCCGAGUACAACUACGCCUACAGCAUGGGGCUGCUGUUCGUGCCCCCGGUGUGGUUCUUUCUCUUGGGCUUUGUGAUGAACAAUAACGUGUCUGUGCUGGCGGAGGAGUGGAGGAGGCCCACUGGCAGCCGCCACAAAGACCCCACCAUCCUGCGCUACAUGUUCUGCUCCAUCACACAGAGGUCACUGAUCGCGCCCGCGGUCUGGCUUUCUGUCACUCUGAUGCACGGCAAGAGUUUCCUGUGCGCUUUCAGUACCAGCCUCGACAUCGACAGACUGGGAAACUUCAGCGUGUUCAGUGGUAUCUCCGAGCUGGAGCGGGUUAAGCUCCUGGCCCGGAUCCCGUGUGAAGACGAAGUGUACUUUGAGCAGCAUAAAGAAAUCAGAAUGGUGGCCACGCGGUACAUGAAGUGCAUAUCACAGACUUGUGGGUGGAUGCUUCUGCUCAUGAUGACUUUUACGGCCUUCUUGAUCCGGGGAAUACGGCCAUGCUUUACACAGGCUGCUUUCCUGAAGACAAAAUACUGGUCCCACUACAUUGACAUUGAGCGUAAGAUGUUUGAUGAGACCUGUAAGGAGCAUGCAAAGAGUUUUGCCAAAGUUUGCAUUCACCAGUAUUUUGAAAGCAUCAGUGGAGAGAUGCGCAGCAUUCACCACAACCGCACUUAUGGGUCAGAGGACGGUGAGAAUGGACGAGAGCUUGGAGAUGAAGAAAAACUCAUGGGUAUCAGAGCUCAGGAGGACAUGAACAAAGUGCUGUGGAACUGGCACACGAGUAAACCAGCAUUGGCUCUGAGAAAGGACAAAGUGGAUCUACAAAGCAAUGGAACACUGAAGGGCUAUGCAAACGGAGAAGCAAAUGUGCUUUUGAAUGGACACACUUCAGAUGUGGAGAAGAAAGAAUGGGCUGACAUCAGCUUGUCUUGUCUCCUGUCUCCCUCUCACACAUACAUGCGCAGGAGUGUUGCACAGCAGCACAUACACAUCAACAUGCUUGCAGGCGCCUCAUUCGUCAGAGUCUGGCUCAUUCUGCCCUCCUUCUGCCCACAGAUUGGAGGACAGAGCAAGGGACACAAUCGCACAGCGGACGCAAAGAGGACUGUCUUCUGCUGUAAAUUGGGGCUAACAAAACAACCAGUCUUCUGUCAACAAGAUUUCUUUGUCUCUUCUUCCUCGUCUCCAUGUUGA